UAAUUUGAUUGUGUUUUUUAUGACAGGUGGAAGGUGAAUGGAGAGUAGUGGUUGGUGUGAGUGCAUUGGCAGUAUUAUCAGCUAGCAGCAGGGAGGAGUCAGCACAAGCACCAAUCAGCUGUUGUACCUAUCAAGUGCCUGUGAGCAGCAGUGUCAGGGAUGCCGUAUCAGUAUCAGUAUCAGUGAUGAUCCCCGAGCAAUCCAACCAAAUCAAAUGUUCGCACACUGUAGGCUGUGAGCGACGUGUGGUGGGGCAAGCUACUAGGGGCAAGGAGGGGCGCGGAGCUGGCCCCCUCCUCCCCCUUGCAGUCCAGCCUCCAACUUUUUCUCCUUCUUCACCACUUCUCUUCUUCUAUUUGUCUCCUUGUUCUCGUUUGGCUUUUGUUGAAGCAGCGUCUGUGAUAAUAACCAGCUCAACUACAACCGUGUCGACAACGUUAGGUGUUGAUGACAAUGAUGAUUUGAUGAUUAUGAUGAUGACGACGACAGCGCGGUGCAGCUCGACACCGUCUACUCCGUCCGCGCUUACCUUCGAACUAAAAGUGUCGAAUGCAAUGGUUGCCUCCGAUGGCAAUACUUGCAGUCUGAGUGCACAAAUAGGGCACCACCCCACUAAUAAUCUAGCAAGUAAUAAUAACCGACAACUACUACCACACAUCACUUCUCAGGCCAAGGCCACGGCUACAACUACUACUCACAAGUUUGGUGCUCCUUAUUUUCACAAUAAUAAUCCUACUGAUGGUGAAGAUGAUGAUAGAUUUAAGAUAGUUUGUGUGAAUGACGAGUGCACUAGCAAUGUAAGGUCAUGCCCCCCGGCGGCGACAGAACAUAAUACAAACAUUCCAAUGCAAGAGAGAGAGAAAUCUGUCGCUGCAACAGUCGGGCAGAAGAGCUUUAAAUACCACUGUGAUCAUAACGAUAGUGUCUCUAAUAAUAAUUGUAAUACUAGCGAUAAGAUUAAUGUAGGUGUGAGUGAGUAUUGGAUGUAUGCGAGACGAUGGGGCAUAGCGGCGCCCCGGCUCAUGAGACUGGCCGGAGGCGGCGAAAGCUCGCUGAACAACUCCAGUGCCGCCCCCGGCGGCGGUGGCGCAGGAUGGGGUGGUGGAGCUGGAGGCGGCAACGCGGCUCAGAACAACAAUAACGCAAACCAACAAACUGGUUCUUGGGGUGGCAACGCAGCUGCUCAGCAGCAGCAGACUGGCGGUGGAACCGCCCCUCAGCAGCAGAACAACAACGGAUCUGGCGGCGCCCAGUGGGGCGGCAGCGGAGGCGGCAACGGUGGCCAGGGGCGGCAGACGGGAGCCGUGGCGGGGGCGGGAGCGCAGCCAACUAGUCAACAGCAGGCAAACACUGCCCAACAGAACAAUUCAGGUAAUAACGGCGGCAUGAAGCCGGCUGUGUCAAGUGGCGGGGGUCCCGCCUCCAACAACCAGCAGUCACAACAGCCGACGUCCACCUCGCAACAACAGCAGCCCAACAACAACCAACCGAACAACCAGCAGCAGGCUGGCAACAACAACAGCAACAACAACGGAGGCCAGCAACAACAGCAGAACGGAGGUGGAUCUUGGGCGGCGGCGGCUGGAAAAGGUUUGGCCGCGUCCACUCCGCCGCCUUCGGCCUCGUCGUCUGCCGCCUCCGGUGGUGGUAGUGGGGGUGGCAACGGUGCCGCCCCCGCUUCGGCAUCCACCGCGGCGGCUGCUGCCGCUCAGCAAGCCGCUACCAACAAACAGCUAGAGCAGUUGAACACAAUGCGCGAAUCGCUAUUCAGCCUGGACGGUUGGGGCGGUCAACACGUGAACCAGGACUCGACAUGGGACAUUCCGCCCUCGCCCGAGCCUCCUUCCAACAAGGAUGGUAGCGGCGGAGGUGGUGCUGGAGGUGGCACGGGCAACGGAGCCGCCCCUGGCGCUGGGGGCGGUGCGCCUGUUUGGAAACCAAACAUCAAUAACGGAACUGAACUGUGGGAAGCAAACCUGCGCAACGGCGGCCAGGUGCCGGUGGUGGUCGGGGGCGGCGCAGGUGGUGCCGGUGGCGGUGGAGGCGGCGCUCAGAAGACGCCGUGGGGCCAUACGCCCAGCUCGAACCUUGGUGGCACUUGGGGUGUGGAGGACGACGACUUGUCUGACGCCACCAAUGUGUGGACGGGAGUGCCGCCUCCGGGGCCACCGCAGCAACAGCCGCCCCCUCAGCAGCAGCAACAGCCGCCCCCGCAGCAGUGGGGCAACAGUCAGCCCAACACGCCUAUAUGGGCAGCUCCAAAGAAAGAGAACGAUUGGGGCGGAGGUGGCGGUUCGCAGUGGGGCGGAGGCGGUGGUGGUGGAGGUGGCGACCACAUGAUGAUGCGAGGCGGAGGCGGUGGCCGGGGCGGUGAUAUGGGCGGAUGGCCGCCACAGCAGCCGCCCCCGCAUCAUCCCAGCCAGCAGCCGCCUCAUCCCAGCCAGCUGCCCCCGCAUCACCAGAUGCCGCCCAACAAGAUGCCACCAAAUGCCAACGUGAACCAGUGGCCAGGCCCGCCGCCCAAGGACAUGGGUGGCAUGGGCAAGGGUGGAGGUGGUCCCUCUGGCUGGGAGGAGCCCUCUCCCCCUGCUCAGCGACGCAACAUCCCCAACUACGAUGACGGCACAUCGCUGUGGGGCGCACAACAGCAGCGCAACACUAUGCCAGGACAAAACAAAGUGUCGCACUGGAAAGAGAUGCCUUCGCCGGCAUCGAUGGUGGGAGGCCGUGGAGGCGGCAUGGGAGGCGGUCAGAUGGGCCCCGGGGGCGGCGCCAUGCCUGUGGGGCGUAUGCCUACCAAGGACGGCCCGCUGUGGGGCGGUGGAGGCGGCAGUCGAAACGGAGCCUGGGACGGAGACGUGGCGGCAGGGACACGAAGUUGUUGGUGGUGGACCUUGGGGACGACGGCAAGCAGCAGGUGGGGCCCGGUGGGCAGUGGGGCGGAGGAGGUGAGGUGGGUGGCUGGAAGGGUGGUGGCCCCAAGCAGAUGCAGGGCAACCCGAGUGCCUCGUGGGGCGCAGAUGGUGGGGCCCCCUCUCGGCGACGGCCCCUUGCCCCUGGAUCCGUCCAGCUGGGCGCAUCAACCUAAGCAGCCAUUGAAGCCCCUGACAAAGGAGAUUAUAUGGGCCAGCAAACAGUUUCGCAUUCUGUCGGAGAUGGGCUUCGAAAAGGACAAAGUGGAGACAGCUCUGCGCACUUUCAACAUGAGUCUAGAGGACGCCAUUGAGUACCUGAACGCGGCCAACUGCCCUCGCGGGGGCGGCGACUGGGGCCGGGGUGGAGGCGGCGGAGGCCGAGGUCACUCGCCGCCCCCGGUUGGACCGCCGCCGCCGUUUGAUGCACAGCCGCCGCCUCCGCCGCAGUUUGCGGCGGCCGCUGCGUCGCAGCGCGGGGGUGGUCAGGGUGGAGGCGGUGGAUUCAAUCCGCCGAUUCCUGGUUUCGUGCCGCCUUCACAGUUGAGGCCAAGCAAUCAGCAGCCAGCCUCCAACCAACAACUGCGUAUGCUAGUCCAACAGAUACAGCUGGCUGUCACCGCCGGAUAUCUCAAUCAUCAGAUCCUGAACCAACCUCUGGCGCCUCAAACACUGCUGCUUCUGAACCAGUUGUUGCAGCAAAUCAAGUUGCUACACCAGUUGCAACAUGCCCUGCAACAAAACCCCAUGGCCAAGAACAGCAACUCACUUGGCAUGUCUGUGCAAAUCACUAAGACCAAACAACAGAUUACCAACCUGCAGAACCAGAUCUCAGCCCAGCAGGCGAUCUACGUGAAACUACAGCAGAAUCCGCAACAACAGGCUCAUCAACAACAGCAGCAACAACAACAGUUGUCGCAGAACGACUUUUUUGGCGGCGCAGGCAAGGGCAAUCCACACGACCCCCUGGCCGCACUCCAGUCAAACUUUGCCGAUAUAGCACUCAAGGAGUCGCAGUCACAGCAGUCGCGCCUGUCGCAGUGGAAGUUGCCAUCGCUGCCGAGCGACAAGGACGACGACUUUAGCCGCGCGCCCGGAUCGGUGGCCAAGUCGGGAGCGGCCGGCGGAAAUUCGUCGCCUAACGCACUCAAUCCGCUGCUCAGUCAGCCUGACACUACAUGGUCGGUAGGCCGUAGCAGUGACACCGGGUGGCCGGACAGCAGUAGUAACCACCACGACGGGGGCGGCGACAAGGACUGGCCUGGGGCGGUGACGGGGGUGGGCAGCAGCCAAUCAGCGGCCGCCUCCUUCACCGACCUGGUGCCCGAAUUUGAGCCGGGCAAGCCGUGGAAGGGCAACCAGAUGAAGUCCAUUGAAGACGAUCCCACCAUCACACCCGGAUCGCUGCAGCAGGCUAGUGCUGUGCUCACGCCCAAGGGUAAUUCAGUGGUGACCUCGGUGGCGGACGACAUGUUUGGCCGCGGAGGCGGUGGAGGCGGCAAGGUGUCGCCACCCCCGGGGCCAAUGACCGCUGACAUGCCACCUAUUCCAUCGCUCUCUCUCUCCUCCUCCACGUGGAGUUUCCAGCCUACCUCGCAGUCCUCCUUCAACAGUCCAUUGUCGAAGAUGAGUAUGUCCGGAGGCGGUGUAGGCAUGAAGACCAGCAGUCAGGGAGUUGGCUGGGGCGGCGGAGACCCUCACGGAGGCGGCGCCGACAUGUGGAAGAGUAGACAGGGAGGCGGUGGAGGUGGACCGCCCCCGGGCCUGAGCAAGACACUGCCUCCGACUGCAGCGCCCUCCAACGGUUGGGGCUCGCUCAGCGGACGAUGGGGUCCCCCUCAACACACCACUUGGGGCCAACCGCCACCUGCGCAUGCUCUCUGGCUUCUGCUUAAGAAUCUCACGCCGCAGAUUGACGGCUCGACACUGAAGACUUUGUGCGUGCAGCAUGGUCCACUGCAGAGCUUCCACAUGUACUUGCCUCACGGAAUAGCCUUUGCCAAGUAUAGCACAAGAGAGGAGGCCACCAAGGCGCAAAACGCAUUGAACAACUGCGUGCUGGGUAAUACGACAAUAUUUGCGGACGUGCAGCCGGAACGUGAGAUUGUGGCGUUGCUGAAUCAGCUGGGCAACAGUGGGGGCGGCGGAGGCGGCAACAGCCAGGCGGGGGCGGCGGCCGGAGACGGCAAUUCUCCGUGGUCGUCCUCAAGGCAGCCGCAGCCCAAACAGGUGGUGGAUACAUGGGGAAGCGGAAGCCAGCUUUGGGGAGGUGGAGGCGGAGGCGGCACGUCCUCCUCGCUGUGGGGGGCGGCCCUCGACUCUGACCGCUCCACUCCUUCCACAGCCUCCCUCAACUCAUUCUUGCCCCCCGACCUCCUGGGCGGCGAGUCUAUGUGAAUACCAUCGGAGGCAGCUGAUAAGUCGUCAUCUUAUUAUUGACAUUAUGUUUAACUUUAUGAUUUCGUCGGUCAGUCUAUGCCACUAGUAAGGGCUGCACCAAUAUCCAAUAUUUUCGUUGAACGUAGCCUUGGUCAUCUUGUAAAGUUUUUCUUGAACGUAACCUUGAAAGUGUUGAAGGACUCUGAUUUGUUAGCUCAAGAUGCUGAUCUUCAUUAGUAAAUCUUAACUCUGAUGUAUGAUUGAUUAUCAUGAAAAGUUUAUCAUCAUCAUGAUAUGUCUGCUUGAAAAAUUGGAGAAGUAGAAAAUAACUUUAUAAAGUAGCUUCUUCAUAAAGUAACCGUUUCUUAAAGUAACCGUUUCUUAAAGUAACCUUUUCAUAAAGUAACCUUUUCAUAAAAUAACCGUUUCAUAAAGUAACUUGUUCAAAAAAGUAGAACAGGUCAAAUUGCGAUUCAAGUUCGAUGAUAUCUGACAAAGUUUAAGUUUUCAUAAAGUAACCUUUUCAUAAAAUAACCGUUUCAUAAAGUAACUUGUUCAAAAAAGUAGAACAGGUCAAAUUGCGAUUCAAGUUCGAUAAUAUCUUACAAAGUUUAAGUCUAUUUAUCGUGUUGACAAUGUGUGAUUGAUUUUAGUUGAGUCUAUAUUUCAGUAUUAGAUUUAGACACGACGAAGGUUUCUCGUUCAUUCCGUUGACAUUGUUUGAGUUUGACCAAUUUUAGUUGUGUCUCGAAUUGAAAUCGUGAUUUGAUUUGAGGUUAGUUUUUGUUGUGAGCUCUUUACUAGUGGCAUAGAUGUUUCAACCUUCCCCUACCCUUACCCCUACCCCUACCACCUAUCCGUCGUCAGUGUUCUUGUGUAUUAUUUUUAAAUAUUAUUCCUGAUCUCAUUAUUAAUGUAAUUAACAGUAAGUUGGCGGUGUGAGCCCGUGAGCUGUGCACCCGCUCUUUUAAACUGUAGUCCGAUUUUUAGUGGGAAUGCGAGUGAGAGGGUAGUGUUGGGUGUUUUCUAUCUCUCUCUCUCUCUUGCUAUUCACCCAGUAUUUGCCUCUCACUCGCGCCCCUCCCCCCUCCCAACCAUUAUCAUCUUCCACUGAUUUAUUUUAUUUGUGUGAACGGUACACUGAAAUUGUCCAGUGUAUUUAGUAGUAGAAUGAAUAUUGACAAUUCAUUCGAAUAUUAUAUUAUACUGAUUACCUUUCUCGCUUUUAAAGUGAUGGAAUUUCAAAUUUUAUUUUGCCAUUAUUUAUUAGAAUAUUAUGAUUAUUGUACUAUUAUAAUUAUUAUUAUUAUUACUAUUACUUUGAAGGAACUCGCCCAAAAAAAUGAAAAAGUAUAUUGAAAAAAAAUGUAGAAAAAUGGGUUCCUAAACCAACAAAGCUACAAUCAGACUGUUUGUCAAAAGUAUUUGAAAAUUUAAACAUAUAAAUUUAUUUAAUAAUUAUAUUUAAGUAAAGAAAUAUUUUAUAUUUAUAUACUAUACAUGUAUGUAGAUUGAUUGAUGAGAACGAUGACGAAAUUCAAUAUAUAUAUCUUGAAAGAAAAUAUAUAUAUUAUUCAGAAUAAUGUCAAAUUGUCAUUUAAUAGUAAAGAAUAUUAUACAGUUCAUUUAUUAUAAUUAUCAACUUGAUAUUGUCUAUUAUAAAGUAGAGCAUCGAUUCUUGAGUUAGUGUGUGUGUGUGUGGAUGUGAGUGAGUGUGGGUGAAUGUUUGUAUUUAUAUUUGAAAAUCAACUUCUACAAUGACGUGUGUUCAUAAUUGCAAAUACAUACAAUAGAUGGAUUGCUAAAUGUAUUCACUGAAAUAGGCUGAUAAUUAAUAAUAAUAAUAAUAAUUGAUAAUUGAAACUAGUUGUAGGUGUGGCUCGAUGCACACUCCAUGUCAGAUAGAAACGUGUCGUUGAUAAUAUAAUAUUGAUAGUAUAAUUAUUAUUACAAUGAUGAAGGGGAAUAACUUUUCUUUCGUUGAGUAGUAAAACUUGUGCUGUGAAUUGUGUGUGGCUUUUAUAGGUGUUUGUCAUUUUUAUUUAAGACCAAAUUUUUAUUGUAAAGCUACUGAUACCUCCAACUAUAUAAUUAUUACGAUGAAGUUGCACAAGAUUCAACGCGAUAAUGUA